UAACGAGAAAUACCCCGUGUGUAUAUAUUUUUUGGGUUUAAUGUAGAACCCGUGUGUGAGUAAGUAGGUAAAAUACUGACAUAAACAACUGACACGUUAAUGCACUAUUCAUUCAAACGGAAUUUGGCGCUUCCAAUGCGCGCGACUUUUCAAAGUGGGCGAGUCUUUCUUAAAGAGGACACACAUACACACACCGGGUUAGCUAGUGCUAAGCUAGCAUCAAGCUAACGGGACAUGAAGCGCACGACCAAACGGUAACAAACAUGUCGUUAAACUAACGGCAGAAAGCAAUGUCAUAGUCCACCCCGGCGAUUUAUGCGACGACCUGGCGUUUCAGGCCUAGUGUUUCACACUGGAAAAAGCACGUCUAGUGGUUCCGUUUAUGUUAGUGGUUUACUUUCGCUAGCUGCCCUGCAAAGCAUGUGGCUAAAACUCUACAAACGUUAGCAAAGAGGAACACCCACCAAAACAUCUCUACAGAAUUCUGCUAAAGUGUUUCCUGCACCGCCAUGGCUUUUUUUGACAGGGAUUCUCUUCAAAUACUGCAGGAGGAGGAGGAAAGAGACGAUGAGGCGGACAUUGCAAGACAGAAUGAGCUCAAAAGACUGCUCACCGAGCUGCCAGAUGACCUGCUUGAGGAUAGCCGAGAAUCCUCCUUUGACGAGCAGGAGACUUCCACCUGCAACAAUAAAAACGCUGAAAACAGUCCACAGUCCAAAUGGACUCAGCAAUGGUCCGACCAUCCAAGACCCACCUCACAUGAGCAGAACUAUGAAGCAGUUUACAAUCAACUCCCUUAUGGAUUGGAUGGCAAUAACGUGCUUGGAAAUAACAGUCAUCCGCAUCCCGCUCCUAUGUUGAACCAGCAAUCCAACGAUCCACACUUCGUCCAAGAGGACUACACACAAACCAGCAUAGCAACAGAAAAAUCCACAGAAUACGGUCUUUUUUCCACAGAUGUAACAUAUGACCCUCAAUGUGCUUAUGACCAAGUGACAUGUGACAGAGAUGGACUAAGCGGUAAUAUCCAUGACAACGGAGACCGCCACGAUCCCAGAAUGCUUUUUCAAGCUGGGGCAACAGAACAAGGUGUGUAUCCGAACACGGCCAGUUACAAUCCUGCCCAUCAGAAAUUAAACCCUCAGGUCAUGCAUCAAGAUGGUCCUUUUGACCAACUACAGAGAGAAUUGCUCGACUCAACACAACAAACUGCUGAAAAGGAACAGCUUGCCCAGCUGCAGAUUUUAAAGAAGGCUCAAGACAAGCAAAUUGAGGGCUUGGAGCAAAAGCUUGAAGAGUUAGGACGCAGAAUGAGAUCCCUUGAGCAUCAGAAUGUCAUUGUCAAAGAUGAAAGGGAUGGCUUUGCAGUUAAACUUAACGAGUCAAGUCGACUGCUGGACAAGGCCAAAGAUCGAGAGGCUCAGAUGCAAAACCAACUGAUGGUGGCGGAGCAGCAUAUACAGGUUCUGAAUAGGAAAGACCAGGAGAAUACAGAAAAGCAGAGGGUAGCUGAGGCCGCUAUAGACUGCUUGAAGCAGCAGAUGUGUCGCUCUGACACAUUUUCCAAAGCAAGUGAGAAGCAUGACAGAGAUGUUGCGGCCAUUCAGGAAAAGCACGAAACUGCGGUCUUGGUCUUACAACAAAAGCUUGAUUCAAUAUCUGAGGCUCUGAAUGAACAGGUGGGUGGUAAUCAUCAGUUACGUGACCAGGUGAAGCAGUUGGAGCGCCAGCGAGAAGACGAGCAUCUCGAGCGAGCGAGAAUAGUCAAUGCUCUCACUCAGCAACUAGAGGAGAGCCAGCAGCAAUCUGCCAAGCUGCUGCAGAUGAGUCCUGUGCAUGCCUUGAGUCAAAACCAGACCAAAUUACAGCAGGCUCAUGCCGCCAAGGUUCAAAGUGAAGAAAUUAACAGAGUCUUGCAGGAGGAUUUGGCUGACAUGAAGGAGCAGAUUACUCUAUAUGAAUCUGCUUUUAAACAUGGGGUUAUUCCAUUAGAACUAACAGAUGACAGUGAGAACCAACUUUCUGACUCCUGUUUGGCUUUAGGCUUUAAGAAAAACAAGCAGAAAAAUGGAAUUCUUCACAGCACAGCUACGGCUAACUUCUCAGACUCAGAGCUGCCCAAGUAUGAACAUUUGCGAGAGGAGAUGCAACGCUGCUUGGCCGUUUUACAAGCGAAGCGUCAGAAAAUCAGUCAACUGCAAGAGGAAUUGCAACAAUCUCGGGUCCGAGAGGAAGAGCUGCAGACUCUCAGCUCGGUUAGAGAGUCCAGCCAGAUCAAACCUACAAACCUGGCUGAGAAGGAUCAGAAUUACUUGGUUCAACUCAAGGAAGACAAACAGCGCUUGCAGGACCAAGUAGAGGUGCUGCAGAAGAAAACUGUAGAGCUGAAGCAGAGUAAAGAGAAAGUCGAAUCUACCAACUCGGAACUCUGCGUCAAGAUGAGGCAGAUGAUUCAGGAGUUGGACCAAGAAAAGCAAGCAACUGCUGAGCGAUCUGAGCGGCUUUACCAGCAGCGAAGGGACGACGCUGUAGACCAAAUUCGAAAGGAGCACAACGCUCAGAUUGAACAACUGACCACACAACAUGAGCAACAUAUCCAACAACUCAACACACAGCUGUCUGAGGCCAAUGAUAAGAUGUUGACUGUACAAGAACAAUACAUCUCUGUCUGCAAGGAGAAAGUAAUGCUGGAGAGCAUCAGCAGCAGAGAGCAACAUGAGAAAAACCAAAGGGAAGAGAUAAUCAAAGAGGUGGAGAAAGUGAGGGCUGAGCUCGAGGCUCAGCAUCAGGCAUCCAUAGCUCUGCUCAAGUGUGUGUGGUCCAAAGAGCAAGAGGUUGAGAUCCAGCAAAUGGUGACCUCUCGCGUAGCCUCAGCCAAAGCUGCUUGGGAAGAAGACCGCCAGCAGAUGGAGAGAAUGUGGACUCUGAGGCUUGAGGAGGCUGCAUGUGAAAAACGCGCUGUGACUUCAGAGGCUAUAUGUCAGACCGAUGGGAUUGACGCAGACUGUUUGACGAUUACUGUUGAGGAGUUGAACUCCAGGCUCGGUGCCCAAAGACUGCAGCUACAAUUGGAAGCUGACAAAGUCAAACAGCAAGCUGUGAAUGAAGCCAGAAAUCAAGUCCAGAAAGUCAUCCAGAACCAACAGCUGGACAAUCUUUCCAAUAAGGUUGAAGCUGCUGUGGCCAGGGCUUAUGAACGCUGGAGUGAGGAUUUGACUUCUUUGCCAGAAUUCCAAGCCUGUCUUCAAAGAGAAAAGGAGAAAUGGGAAGAGCAACAGAAACAACACACAAAACCAAAGGCUAUGAAGGAAGCAGAGCAGCAGUCGCAAAAGAAUCAACAAGAGCAGCUACAGGAUCAGAGCUGGGGGACACAGAGGGUCGAUGAGCUACAAGAGGAGGUGGUAACUCUCCAAAGCCAGCUGGAGCAGAUGAGCAGGGAGCAACAUGCCCUGCUGAAAGCGGAACUGGCUGGAGCUAGAGCCACCUGGAACAGAGACAAACAGCAGGAGAUCUCUGUUGUCCAGGCGCGCAGCGAGCAGGUGCUGCAAAGUCGACUGCAGGAGCAGCGCAAGAAACUAGAGCUAGCUUUGCUGCAUGCCAAAGAGGAGGCUGACCACCAGAAGAAAGAGCUGUUACUGCAGAUGGAAGCCAAGCUCAGUCAGACUCUGAGGGCCACAGAGGAGGAGUGGAGAUACCAGCAGGCUGAGAAGGAACACACCCACAAGCAGCAAAUAAAGGAGGAUUUCCUUGCUGAACUUCAGACUAGUCUAGGCGAGGUUCACACACAGCUUCUCGGCGAUUUCAGAAGUGAAGCAAUGAAGCAGCAGAUCAAUGAAGUGAUCAUGUGCAGCGGCGCGUGGGAAAGCGCUAUAAAAGACAUCAUUCAAACUUUCUGUAGAGACCUUGUUGACGGAGCUGUGUCUCAGGCCAAGAAGGAGUGGAAGAAAAUCAGUGAGGCGCAGUUGAGCUGUGUAUUACGAGAAGUACAACAGCAGCAUGAAAAAGAACUGAACGAGAUGCAAAACUCAUUGACUCAGAUGAAAGGGCAGGCUUGUGACAGAAAAGAGUGUACAGAUACUGCCAGUGAGCUGCAAAAGAAGAACCAGGAGCUCCGGAAGCACUUGGAGAAAGCCUGUCAUCAUUUACAGCAUAGAGUCCGAGAACACAAGACGGCCAUACAGAAACUCAAAGAUGAGCACGAAAGCCGACUACAAAAGGCCCAAGAGGAGCAUCUGCUGCAACUAGAGGGCGUGAAAAAAAGCAAAGAAGAUGCUGGGGCCUUUGAGUACCAGCAAAGUCUUCAGCAAAGCCUGGAGGAGAUGAAGCAGCAAUACUUGACAACUGUGGGCAAGAUCAGAAGAGACAUGCUUUGUUACCUGCAAGAGAGCCGUGAGCGAGCGGCAGAGAUGAUCCGCACUGAGGUGCAAAGGGAGAGGCAGGACACUGCACGCAAGAUGCGGCGCUACUAUCUGACCUGUCUGCAGGAGUUACUGGAGGAUGGCGGGAAGACCUCAGGGGCUGAAAAUAAAAUAAUGAACGCUGCUAGCAAGCUGGCGGCCAUGGCUAAAGUGCUAGAGACACCUGUAAAGAAUAAAUCUGGAAACAAGCACGGUUUACCUGCAAGCAAGACACAUUUCAUGAACCCAUCCGCUCAAUUGUGUGACCUCAGACCAAAGGAGAAGACUUUAGAUUUGGAGCACCAAACAACUGUGCCACGGACUAAACUUGUGAGCCAGCAGGAGAGAAAUGCCCCAGCAGACGCUCACGUCUAUCCUCACAAAGCUCCACAGGUCACCUCUUCAGGCUUUGCACCCUUGAGAAGCAAGAGCAGAGUGGUGUACCUGCAGGGAGGAGACCCUGACAACCAGCAGGAGGUUCCUGUCAGAGAUGAGAAACGGACCAUCUGGGCUUUGAGCAGCAGCGACUCAGACAGCCUCCACAAGCCUCCCCUGUCCUACUCCGUGUCCACCGCAGCUGCUUCAGUCCUGGGUGAGUUUGGCGCUCUCACCCCGGUCGCCUCGGACCUGACCGUUUACAAAAAGACACCUCAGACACAAACCUUUGCCUCCAAAGCACAGAUGAGCUCUCACAGAGAGCCCACGCCGGGCUCAGUGGGCGAUAAGCAGCACGGCGUGGGUAGCAGACCUGUGUUCUCAGAGUUGAGACAAUGUCAGCAGGACAGUGGCUUUGACAGCCCCUUCUCACAACCUAAAUGAUUGUGACUGAAGCAGCUCACCGCAUGGUGCCUUCAAAACUCUCAGUAUUUCUUUUUUAAAGUGAGCUCAUGAUCAUAUUUUUUAUAGUCAAGUGGAUAUUUAACUGAACCUUUUUGAUAUUGAGUCAAUUAUGUAUGCUGUGCAUAUAUUGUACAUGUUUUAUUUGAUAUUUCUGCAUGUGUUGUCUUGCAUUUCAUUUAAUAAAUGGUUUAUUUUACUGCAA